AUGUCAUCUUGUUCCACCACCACCACCACGUCUGACGACGGCGGAAGGACGGCGAUCACCGCCGUCCAUCCCGACAUCAUACAAAUCCUAAUCUUAACCAAACUCGACGGCCCAACUCUUAUUUCCACCAGUUCCGCUUCUUCACAACUUAAAAAUCUCUGUUCCGAUGAUAUUCUCUGGCAAAAAAUUUGCAACUCUUAUUGGCCAUCUUCCUCUAAUCCUCUAGUCCAAAACGCCAUCUCCACCUUCCCUUCCGGUCACCGGUCAUUCUUCUCCGACUCCUUUCCCGCCAUCCUCCACCAUAAUAAUACUAAUAUAUGUCGUACCGAAUACCGAAAUUUCUUAACAUCGGAGUUGAUAUCAGCUGUUGAUAUUCACUUUGAGGAAAAUUUAUUAUACUCAAAAGUAGUGAAAACUGAGACGAAAAGCGGGUGGUUCAUGACUUCGCCGUUUAGAGUUGACCUUUUGGGUCAUAAAGAGACGGUAACGACGCCGGUGAAAUUCGACGGCGAUGACGGAAUAUGCAAAUCACGUUUAAAGGAGAAUAUGAAAUUGAGCUGGAUUUUAAUUGAUCCAAAGAAAAAUCGAGCUGUGAAUAUGUCGAGUUUGAAGCCGGUAUCCGUCCGGCGACAUUGGUUAACCGGAGAAUUGAAGGUCCGGUAUUCGACGGUGAUGGCUUCUGGCGCCGACGCCGGCGACGGAGGAGGGUUGGUGCAGUGCGGAAUAGUAGUCACGUGCGAAGGGAAGGAAGGAGGUGAAUUGCACGUGAGGGAAGUGAGCAUGCAAAUGGAGGACAUGGAUGGGAAAGUUUUAUGUGGGAAGGAUAGUUUGGUAAUUUUACAAGAGGCUAUGGAAGGAGGAAGGAAGAAGAGAAAAGAAGGAGAAGAAAAAGAAAG